CGCCUAAACUUUUCUUACUUUCUUUCAUUUCACGCAAAAUACAUAAACAAAAAUGACAAAACUCGCCAAAGGAGAGACUAUGACCCCACCUGGUACUGGCUACAUUAACUGCCUAACACCAGAGCAAAAAAAGGCUCUUAAGGAAGUAUGGUCCAUUAUCUUCUCGAUUGCAGAUUCCGGUGAGGCCGCCGUUCCUGUUGAAAUGGUACGUGAGGCUGAACAGGAGGCUCAAACGAGUUCAGGUUCUCAGACCGCAACUACUCAAGCAGCUGCCAAAGCUGGAUGGUUCUCUGGCAACAAGGCUGCAAAAGCAGAGCAGGAUGCAAAGGCUGCAGGAUAUGGCUCUGGCAUGGCCAAAGUUACAUUGGCAGAUUUGGGAUUGAGCGUCGAUAAGCUGAGACCGAUCCUGUGGGACAACGCCAUGGGCGACCAUCCAGACUCUCUUCUCCUUAGAUUCAUUCGUGCUCGCAAGUGGAAUGUCCCAAAUGCACUCAACAUGCUGUUCAAGGCAUUCAAGUGGCGUUUGGACGAAGAUAUCCCUGCAGUCAAAUAUUCCACAGAUGUAGCACUCAAUGAACAAUACCCCAAGUUCUUUGAACAGCUGGAGAUGGGCAAGUUCUACAUCCAUGGUACCGAUGUUGAUAAUCGAAUUGUCGCGUACUUGAAUGUCCGUCUUCAUCACCCCAACGAUCAACCGGCAAAGACGCUCGAGAAGCUGACAAUAUAUGUGAUGGAAUGCGGUCGUGUAUUGCUGGAACAUCCGGUUGAAACCGUUUGUUUGGUCUUUGACUUGACAGGAUUUGGGCUCUCAAACAUGGAUUUUAAUAUGGUCAAGUAUCUGGUGACGAUCUUUGAAGCCUACUAUCCCGAAUCUCUCGGUCGAAUUAUCAUUCACGGUGCCCCAUUUGUGUUCUGGGGUGUUUGGAAGGUAAUCCAACCUUGGUUGGACCCUGUGGUCGCCUCCAAGGUCCGAUUCACUCGUUCAGAUCAAGAUUUGCUGGAGUAUAUUCCUGCCAAUCACCUCCCAGACCGUUACAAAGGUGGAUUAAAUCGUUUCCGAUACUCUUACCCGCAUGCGGUUCCUGGAGAGAAUAAACUCAUGGAGGAUACGGCUGCAAAAGAUGAGAGGGUCCGGGAAUGGAAAGAUACAUUCUGGCGGUUUGAGGCCUUGACAAGAGAAUGGAUCAACGCGGGUACACCUCAAGCAGGACCAAACGCAAGAUCAGAGGACGAGAUUGAGAGGGAACGUGAGCAAUGUGCCAAGGACUUGAGAGUAGCAUUCUUCAGGAUGGAUCCAUAUAUUCGUGCGAGAAACAUGUUCCACAGAACAAACCCUCCAGUUGCGAAUGCAGAUGGAAGUGUCCAAUGGAUCUACAACAACUAAUUAUUCAAUAUUACAUAUCUAUCGCCUUUUAC